AUGGUUGUGUAUCACGAAAAUCAACAUUUGCAGAACGUAGUCAAUAGACCGUCUGCCAAACAAAGUAUGUUCUUAGCUUGGUUUGAGGCAAACAAGCGGUUUCCGGAAGCCAGAACAAUCAAGUAUGCGGAUUUCCCACAGCACUUCGUUUACUCAAACGAGUCUAUGUCAUGGGAGCCACGAAAAAAAGGAUUUUCAAUCGGAAGACUUAAUAAUGUUCCCCCAGGGAAGGGAGAAGACUACUAUCUGAGGUUGUUGCUUAAUAUUCAAGCUGGUUGCACAAGCUAUGAAGAACUCAGAAGCAUGAAUAUGAAGGUCUACGAUACCUUUAGGGACGCAUGCUACGUAUUAGGUUUGUUCCAGGAUGACAAAGAGUACAUUGACGACAUAAAGGAAGUAAGCAGAUGGGCGAGCGCAUACUGCACAAGAUUACUGUUCGCUAUUAUGUUAUUGGCAAAUAAUUUGAGCAGGCCUGAGUAUGUAUGGGAGAAAUGUUGGUCGGAGUUAUCUGAUGACAUGAAUUACAGACACCAAAAGCGUCAUAAUAAUCCAGCGUUAACCUUAUCAGAGGAUGACUUGAAGAAUUACGCCCUCAUUGAGAUUGAGAAAAUACUGCAGAGCAAUGGUAAGAGUUUACGUAAUUAUAUUGCAGAGCAAUGCAUCAAACAACAAAGUCCUCAAGCAGAUCUGUUGAUUGAAGCAAAGCUUAUUAUAUGGGAUGAGGCCCCCAUGAUGCAUAGGUUUUGUUUUGAAGCAUUAGACAGAACCAUGCGAUCGAUUUUGAAUUCUGAAAAACCUUUUGGUGGUAAGGUUAUCGUACUUGGUGGUGACUUUAGACAGAUAUUACCUGUUGUACUUAAAGCAUCGAGGCAAGACAUCGUACAUGCUACGAUCAAUUCAUCACCAUUGUGGAGAGAAUGUCGUGUCACGAGGUUGCAUAAAAAUAUGAGGCUUCAGUUGAAUUCAUCUUCAUCUAGCGAAGAUGAAAUAAGGGAAUUUGCAGAAUGGAUUCUGAGAAUUGGAAACGGAGAAGCUGGAGACUACAAUGAUGGUGAGGCCUCGAUUGAAAUUCCUGAGGACAUGCUGAUUCGAGAAUCAGAGGAUGCUUUUUCAGAGCUACUGCAGUUUGUGUAUUCGGAUUUGUUGAAUAACAUUGCCAAUCAUGAUUUCAUUCAAGGGAGGGCCAUUCUGGGGCCUACAAAUGAGAGUGUUAUAUAUGUGAACGAUUAUAUGUCGUCACUUAUUGAAGAACUGGAAAAGGUUUACCUGAGCUCUGACAGUCUGUGCAUGGACGAAGCAGAUUCCGAGAUUAAUGCAGAAAUUUAUUCCACCGAAUUUCUCAAUACAAUAUCGUGCUCCGGUCUGCCGCCGCAUGAGCUAAAAUUAAAGAAAGGAGUUCCCGUCAUGCUCAUUAGGUAUAUCGAUCAAGCAAGAGGUUUAUGCAAUGGAACUCGUCUCCAAGUUGAAAGACUGGGCAUGCAUGUAAUUAGUUGCAAAGUAUUAUCCGGUAAGAAUGUUGGCGACAUGGUUAACGAACGGUGCAGUCCCUUCGACUACCUCGGACACGUGGCAGUAACUCUCGGCAUUCUCUACCUUUGUGGGCUCAAGGACUCUUGGGUUGCCCAAUUGGCAUUUGAGCAGCAUCAUUUUGGCGCCGUCUGUGGGAAUGCAAACUCGAUCACGUGA